AUGGCAACGCCAACCGGGAAGACGUCAAAACAAAAGAGCCGCCCGGUAAAGGUGGUGAAGGAUGACCGAAAGCUGAAGCGAAAACGAGAAAUCCAAAGCAUAGAAUCGCUACAAGCCGCUGUUGACGAGCUCGACCUGAAGGCGACGCCGACGAAUUUCAGCGACGUGCCGCUAUCAGAACCGACGAAGAUGGGCCUCCGCGACUCACACUUCGAAACGCUGACGGACAUCCAAUCCAAAGCGAUCCCGGCAGCGCUGCGGGGAUGCGACAUUCUGGGGGCAGCCAAGACGGGCAGCGGCAAGACGCUGGCCUUCCUGGUGCCGGUGCUAGAGAAACUGUACCGGGCACGGUGGACGGAGUAUGACGGCCUGGGUGCACUGAUUAUCUCGCCGACACGCGAGCUGUCGGUGCAGAUCUUUGAGGUGCUGCGCAAGGUCGGACGGCACCACCGAUUUUCGGCUGGACUCGUUAUUGGAGGCAAGAGCCUGAAGGAGGAGGCAGAGCGGGUUGGACGGAUGAACAUCUUGGUGUGCACGCCGGGGCGGAUGCUGCAGCACCUAGACCAGACAGCCAGCCUGGAGGUGAACAACCUGCAGAUGCUGGUGCUGGAUGAGGCGGAUCGGAUCAUGGACAUGGGGUUCCAGUCGGCGGUGGACGCGCUGGUGGAGCACCUGCCGCAGGGCCGACAGACGCUGCUGUUCAGCGCGACGCAGAGCAAGCGGGUGUCGGACCUGGCACGGCUGAGCCUGAAGGACCCCGAGUACAUUGCGGUGCACGAAGCGGCGGCGGCGGCAACACCCAGCCAGCUGCAGCAGCACUACGUGGUGACGCCGCUGGCCGAGAAGCUCGACACGCUGUACGGGUUUAUCCGGGCGAACCUCAAGUGCAAGAUGAUCGUCUUCUUCUCGUCGGGCAAGCAGGUGCGGUUUGCAUACGAGGCGAUCCGCCACCUGCAGCCGGGCAUCCAGCUGCUGCAUCUGCACGGGCGCCAGAAGCAGGUGGCACGGCUGGAGAUCAUCUCGCGCUUCUCGGCCGCGAAGCACGCCUGUCUGUUCGCGACAGACGUGGUGGCGCGCGGCGUGGACAUCCCCAUGGUCGACUGGGUGGUGCAGGCGGACUGCCCGGAGGAUGCGGACACGUACAUUCACCGCAGCGGACGGACGGCGCGGUACGAGAGCGCGGGCAAGGCGAUUCUGUUCCUGGACCCGAGCGAGGAGGACGGCAUGGUGCGACGACUGCAGCAGAAGAACGUGCCGAUCCACAAGGUGAAUGUGCGGGAGAAGAAGAAGAAGAGCAUCCGGGAGCAGCUGCAGAACAUGUGCUUCCAGCAGAACGACAUCAAGUACCUGGCACAGAAGGCGUUUAUCAGCUACACGCGGUCGGUGCACCUGCAGAAGGACAAGGAGGUCUUUGAUCUAGACAAGCUGGACCUGGACGGCUUUGCCCAGAGCAUGGGUCUGGCGGGAGCGCCGCAGAUCCGAUUUCGCAAGGGCAAGGGCGGCGAGACGGCAGCGGACGAGAUCAAGCGGUUGAAGAACGCGCCGCGGGCGCUGCUGUCGAGCGGGUCGGAGUCGGACGGAUCCGACGGCGAAGGCAAGACGCGGAAGAAGGGCGAGGUGCGGACCAAGGCACAGCGGAUGUUUGAGCGGACCAACCAGGACGUGUUGACGAAGCACUACCAAAGCCUGAUUGGGAAUGAGUCGGAGUCGGAAUCGGAGGAAGGCGAGGACGAGGGCGAGAAGGCAGCACGCAAGGCCAAGUCGGUGUCAGCCAAGGCCAAGCCGACGGCGGCAGCAGCGGAUGAGGGCGGCGACUUUUUCUCGGCGAAGCGGGUGAUGGACGACGCAUCGCUAGCGGUAGCGGCAGGCCUAAAGACGGGACCGGACGGACAAGCGGAAGCGGUCGGAGCGGCGACGUUUACGACGGCCAAGGUGCUGCGGCUGGGCGGCGAGCGGGAGCUGGUGAUCGACUCGAAGCGGCGAGAGAAGAUGCUGCGGUCGAAGAAGCAGCUGCUCCGAUUCAAGGGUACGGGCUCGAAGCUCGUCUUUGACGACGACGGCAACGCGCACCCGCUCUUUGAGCUGCAGGACGAGGCGGCCUUCCGACAGCAGGGCGCGCCCGAGGAGCAGCGCCAGCGCUUUGUCGACCAGGAGGCCGACCGGGUCCGCUCGGGCGACGUCGAGGACAAGGCCACGGCCAAGGCACGGCUGCGCGCCAAACGACUCAAGCGGAAGCUGCGCGAGCGAGAGGAGGAGCAGGGUGGCAGCGAUGGCAGCGACGGCAACGACGGCAGCGACGGCGAGAUCGAUGGUCCCCAGUUUGGCGAAGACGGCAGCGACGGUCUCGCGCUGCUGCGGUCACUGCCCCUGGCCGGCGAGCGCGACGGCUACGACAGCGACGAGCCGGCACCACCGCCCAAGAAGCAGAAGAAGUGGUUCCAGCGCCACGACAGCGACGACGACGACACGGCCAAGAAGACGACCCGCCAGGACAAGCGCGUCAUCGAUGUCGCCGAGAUGCCCGACAAGCUCGAAGACCUCGAGGCGCUGGCGGCUGGCCUGCUGGACGGCUAG